AUGGGAGAUGAGUAAAUAGAGAUAAUGCAGCCUAGAAAAAAUCAACCAAAAAGAAGAAUGUGGAAUUCAAGCAAAGAAUUUAUCAAUGGAGUUAAAUGUUAGAUAGAGUAAAGUUAUGGAUGUUCAUAAAUUCCUAUUCGCAAAAAUGUUUUGAUGGUUGAUGAUGAUAGAAUGAUAUAUUAAUGUGGAAAGCAUUUAGUAGAAUAUAAUCUUUUGCAUAAAAAGUAACAUUAUUUGCUAAAAAAUAUCGAAGAUGAAGAUAUAACAGCAAUGAAUUAUGUAGUGUCAUAAUCUGAUACCUUAAAUUUAGUUGUUGGAUUAAGAGGAAACAAAGGAUUUCCAACUCUAAAAGUAAUCAAGAAGAAGCAGACUAAUUCUGUUUCUUUUGCACAUACUCAUGUUUAGCAAAACUCUAUUAUUAUUGAUUGCGCCUUUAUUAUAAAAAAUAAAAAUAUUGUGUCUCUCGUUGAAGAAGAAAAUAAAUAUUGUAUAACUAUUUAUGGUAUUCAAAGAGAGAAACUAUUAUUUACUAGAGACAUUUAGAAUUUUUAAAUUAAUCUUUUGGAAGUUUGUUAGGAUAUUCCAGAGGAAUUUUAUUUGAUCGGACCUUAAUAUUUUUAGGUUUGGAAGCUAAACGUUUCAGAAAAAGAAUUAAAUGAGGAACAUUUUUCUUACAAAGAAAAUUUAAUAAAUCAAGAAGAAGAAAUUAUUGAGUGCUGCUAAAUCCCUGAAACUGAGUAUAUGGCAUUUAUAACGAAUGCAAAUGUACUGUAUUUUUAUAAGUAAAGAACUUUUAAGUAAAGCUUAUAAGUGACAGUUAGCGAUAUCCACUUGAAGGAUGAAUUAGAUAAAAAAUCUAUGAAUAUCAUGAAAAAUAGUGUCCCUGCUUCAUAAUAAGUAAUAGGAUAAUAAGAUGAAAAUAGUUCAAGCUAAAUACAAGAUUAACUCAAAGAGAUUUCAGAGCCCUACUAAUUGGCUUCUAUUACUUCCCUUUUUAAUGGAUUUGUUGUUGGCUUUGAGAAUUUGGGAGUUGUAAACGCCUAUGAAAUGAAUAAAAGGACAGAAUAGCUCUAUUUGAAAGGAACUUUUAGAAUUAACGCUUAACAUAUUUAUAAAGUCCUAAAUUUGUCAUCAAGUAUAUAAGAGAAUGUAAUUGCUCUUUGUGUUCAACAUGCUCCAAGGAUUAUGCAAGUUAUGGAAACAAAAUAAAAAAACCCUCCACCUACUAACUCAAAUUAGUAUGUUUAAAGUGCUAAUAUCAACCAGAGCAGCACUCAUCUUGUGUAAAAUCCCUCUUAAUUCAAUAUAUAGUCUGUGAAUUAGAUUGAAGCUAUCAAGAAAAACAAAUCUAAUAUUGAAAAUUAACCAGUAAACACUCCUGUAAAUGCAACACAAAAUUAAUAAAAUUUAGUUACAUAGAAUACAAGCCCUCCAUAGACUAAAGGAGUCAGAAAAAAUAACUAAGGAGCAUUAGGAGGAGUAGGAGGAGCUGGGUAAAAUCCAAAAAUUGAUUUAUAAAAUAUGGGAAGAAUAGAUUUAUACAUUUUUAACUAUGGAGUAGUUGACGUAAUUAGUGCUGCUUAAAAAGAUGCUUUUGAGCCACUCUUCCCUGAAGGAGUACAUAAAGGAAUGAUAGUUGAUUGUGCUCUAUGCCCAUCAAAAUCUAUUUUGUUAACUUUAAGUGAUGACAAAACUUUAAAGAAUUGGGAGUUUUCUAUGAAUACUGGUGUAUUUAAAUGCAUUUAUACAACUUAUUUCCAUGAAAAUCCUCUUUCAGUUUCUCUUCACCCUUUAAGUUUCUAAUGUGCAGUCGGCUACAGAGAAGGGUUAAAAUUUUUCUUCAUCCUUGAAGACGAGUUAAAAAUAGCCUUUAGCGAAUAGAAUGUAAAGUACGUUAAUGCAGUUGCUUACAGUGAAUGGGGAAAUUUGUGUGCAGCAGCAAAUUAUAAUAUGAUAAAUGUAUACAAUCCUAAUACAUACGAAACUAUAAUCACAUUAAAUGGUCACUCUGGAUUUGUUAAAAGAAUUAAAUGGUUAGUAGAUGAUACGAUGUUGGUAACAAAUUGUAGCUAAGGUGUCCUAAAUUGCUGGAACGUAUGGACUGGUAAUAGAGUAGUUGAACAUGCAUACAAACAAACUAAGUAUAAUUCAGUUAUUUAUGAUAAUGAUUUAGAUUGGUGUGUCUGUUGUACUUCAGAUUCAAAGGUUAGAUUAUUUGACGACAAAGGCUGCAAUCCUAUAUAUGAAAUGGAUGUUAGCCCUUAUAACUAUACAACAGUUCUGCUUGUUAAAGAAUUAGGAGUUAUUUUAUUUGGUACUUCAGCUGGUAGCAUAAGAACCUAUUUGUGGCCGUUUGAUAUCUCUAUUAAGCAGUAAGAGUAUUUUGAAAUUACUCUUCAUUAAACUGCUAUUUCAACAAUGCAAAUUACAAAAGAUUUGAAUUAUCUUAUUACUGGCUCGGAAAAUGGUAGCAUCUAUUUUCUUAGACUUCGCUAAUUUUCUAAUGGCAAUGAAGUAGAAAUUUCUUUUGGAGUUGAAGAUGCUAAAUUUUAAGUUGGUAGUAUUUAUUGUAUUAACCAACUUUGCUUAAGCAGUUGCUCUAGCUAAGAAAAUAAAAAAGACUUGAUCAAAGAAUUAGAAUUUAGAAUAUCAAACUUAAAAACAGAUCAAGAAGAUGAAAAAGAAAAGCAAGUGAACUAAAUUAACCAGCUUUUAAAAAACUAAGAGGAUACUAAUAAAGAUGUUAUAGCUAAAUAAAAAGAGUAGCUGAGCAAAAUUAUGGAAGACUGUGAUCUGAAAUACAAAGAUUUAAUAACAUAAAUAGAGCUUAUACGCUCAAGAUAUAAGGAGCAAGUUAGUUCUAUGGAAGAAAAGAAUAUGGCUUCAUUACUAACAUAGUACUAAAAAAGUGAUGACUUGAAAUUUUAGCUUGAAAAUAUUAAACAAUCUUCUGAUAAAGAGUUGUUUGACUUUACAGUAAAAUAUAAAUAAAUUAUUAAAGACACUGAAAUCGAUUUUAGUAAAAAGUACUAAGAGUUAUAUGAAAGGUUUUCUACUUCUUAAGAUAAACUAAAUGAAGAUUAAACAAAAUUUAAAGAAGUUUUUAGGUAGCAAACAGAUGAACAUGAAGAAUAUUUAAUAAAAACUAAAAAAUAACUUCAAAAUGAAAAAGAAGAAGAGAUUAAACGAUCAGAAGAGUUUAGAACAUCUAAUUCAAAGAAGCAAAAAGAAAUUGAAAGAUUUAAUUAGAGAAAAUUAGAAUUAGAUUCUAUUUUAAAGGAAGCCACUAGCUAAAUUGAGCAUCUUGAGGAAGAAAGAAAAAAUUUUAGUGAUAAAAAUGGUUUGAUGCAAAGCUAACUAUAAAGCAAAGAGGAAAUAAUUAACUCUAAAGAAUAAGAAAUCAAAGAAUACAGAAUAAAAAAUAAUCAUUUGUAAAACUUUAAGACAGUAUAUGAUUAUUAAGUCACUAGUUUAUAAGAAGAAAGAUCACCUUUAAUUGACCAUUUAAAAAAUAUGGAAAAAAAUGUUAGAGUUAUGUAUAAAGAACUUCUAGAUGAGUCAGAAGCUUCCAAGAAAAUAAAUACUAAACUUGUAGAAAAUAAAGAAUUUAUAGAUUAACUCAAGCAAUAAAUAAAAGACAAGUAAGAUUUGCUUGCCAUAACUAAGAGAAAAAUUGAAAGCUUUGAAUACUCAAUUUUAGAUAUGAUUAAGCAAGAAAAAUAUGAAAAUUGGUUCCAAAAAAUGAAUAAAAUUUAUAAAGAAUUUUUCGAAGGAAAUGUAAAUCUAAACAAUUUAAUGGAGAAAAACACUUCAAUAGGAUCUUCGUUAAAAGACUCUCCUGAUGAUGAAUUUUUGAAAUAAUUAAAUAUGAAUAACUCUGACUAGAUAAGAGAAGAGUUAAUUAAACAAAGAGAUUUUAUGAGUAAAAAAAUUUAGACAAUCAGUAAGCUGAAUAGAUAAACAGAAAUUGAUAGAGAUGAUGUUGUAAUUAGAGUUUAAAAUGAAAAUACACAUUUAAUAAGAGAGUGUAAUACUCUUCGUGAAGAAAAGAAAAAUUUAAAAGAACAUUUGGGUUCAUUAGAAAAAGCUUUGGAUAUUAUUACAAAAGAGCUUAUGAGGCUUUCUCUUGAUGGUGAGAUAUAGUCAGACUAAGAAUUUAUAGAAAAGGAGUUGCUUGAUUUUGAUCCUUCCAAGAUAAUAGAUAAAAUAGAAGAAGAGAAAUCUUCGUUUGCUGAAUAAUCUAUCAUAGAUUCACCUUAACCUAAGUAAAAAAAGCAUCCUAACAAGAAAACACCUUACUAAAAGUAUGAUGAAGAGAGAAACAGUAGGAUUCAAAAAAUAAAGAAUUCACAAAGUAUGCAUUCUUUAGGGAUUCUAAGCACAUAAUCUCCAGAUAGAUCAAUUAUCUCUCAAAGCUAAAAAGACAACCAAAGCUUAUUACUUUCUUUGCUCAAGGACGUAGAAAAGUUCUAGGACGACAAAGAAUCAAAUGUAUACGAAAGACUUAAAGAAAGGGUAUAAAACUACCUUUAUACAGAAGAUCCAUCCUUAACAAUCCCACAUAUUUCAAGGAUAGAUAAGACUUUAAUAGGACAUACCUCCUAAGAAGAAACCUAAAUUGCUUAAAACAGCAUAAUAAGCGAAUCUCUAAAUGUCACAAAAUCAAAUGCAGAUAUUUUAAAAUAACUCAAAGUUAAAGAUAACGAUUCUAUACUAUCCAAUAAAAAUAAAAAAAGUUUUUCAAAGAAGCCAGAAAAUAAAAGUACUUUUACUUUGCCUUAAAUAAAAGGAAACAAAUACUAAUGA